UCAGUCGGCGGCGCCAUGUUGGGGCUGGCGGGUCGGUGCUCGGGGGCCGCCGCCGCCGCCGCCGUUGUUCGGCCGCUGCUGCGCCGCGAGGCCGGGCCCGGCCGCCGCCUCCUCCCGUUGCUGCUGAGCCGCGGGGCCGCGCCCGCCGCCGCCGAGCCGCGCCGGGACUAUGCGGCCCAGGCGGCCCCCGCGGCCAAGGCGGGCUCCAGCACCGGGCGCAUCGUGGCCGUUAUCGGCGCCGUGGUGGAUGUGCAGUUCGAUGAGGGGCUGCCCCCCAUCCUGAACGCGCUGGAGGUGCAGGGCCGGGACACGCGGCUGGUGCUGGAGGUGGCUCAGCACCUCGGGGAGAACACGGUGCGCACCAUCGCCAUGGACGGCACCGAGGGGCUGGUGAGGGGCCAGAAGGUGCUGGACUCCGGAGCUCCCAUCCGCAUCCCCGUGGGCCCCGAGACCUUGGGCCGGAUCAUGAAUGUCAUCGGGGAGCCCAUUGACGAGCGGGGCCCCAUCACCACCAAGCAGUUUGCUGCCAUCCACGCCGAAGCCCCCGAGUUCGUGGAGAUGAGCGUGGAGCAGGAGAUCCUGGUGACAGGGAUCAAGGUGGUGGAUCUGCUGGCGCCCUACGCCAAGGGGGGCAAGAUCGGUUUGUUCGGAGGCGCCGGCGUGGGUAAAACGGUGCUGAUCAUGGAGCUCAUCAACAACGUGGCCAAAGCCCACGGCGGCUACUCGGUGUUCGCCGGCGUUGGGGAGAGGACCCGUGAGGGCAAUGACUUGUACCAUGAGAUGAUCGAGUCCGGGGUCAUCAACCUCAAAGAUGCCACAUCCAAGGUCGCUCUGGUCUAUGGGCAGAUGAACGAGCCCCCCGGUGCCCGCGCCAGGGUGGCCCUGACCGGGCUCACGGUGGCCGAAUACUUCAGGGACCAGGAGGGCCAGGACGUGCUGCUCUUCAUCGACAACAUCUUCCGCUUCACCCAGGCUGGCUCCGAGGUGUCAGCUCUGCUGGGGAGGAUCCCCUCUGCCGUGGGCUACCAGCCCACCCUGGCCACCGAUAUGGGCACCAUGCAGGAGAGGAUCACCACCACGCGCAAGGGAUCCAUCACUUCGGUGCAGGCCAUCUACGUGCCAGCCGACGACUUGACCGACCCUGCCCCUGCCACCACCUUCGCCCACUUGGACGCCACGACGGUGCUGUCCCGCGCCAUCGCCGAGCUGGGCAUCUACCCCGCCGUGGACCCCUUGGACUCCACGUCCCGCAUCAUGGACCCCAACAUCGUGGGGCCCGAGCACUACGACGUGGCUCGAGGGGUGCAGAAGAUCCUGCAGGACUACAAGUCCCUGCAGGACAUCAUCGCCAUCCUGGGCAUGGACGAGCUCUCCGAGGAGGACAAGCUGACGGUGGCGCGGGCCCGCAAGAUCCAACGCUUCUUAUCCCAACCCUUCCAAGUGGCCGAGGUCUUCACCGGCCACAUGGGCAAACUGGUGCCGCUGCAGGAGACCAUCAAGGGCUUCAAGCAGAUCCUGGCGGGUGAAUAUGACCAUCUCCCCGAGCAAGCCUUCUACAUGGUGGGGCCCAUCGAGGAGGCGGUGGCCAAGGCGGAGAAGUUGGCUGAAGAACACGCCUGAACGUGGCCCCCCCCCAACAACAACAACACCGGACCCGCCCCCCCCCCCCCCAAAACCGGGGCCUCCCCCUCCCCAAUAUUUAACAUUUCCAAUAAAACAUCAGUUGAAAACA